GAAAGCCAUUUCCUGUCCUCCCCAUUUGUGGGAGCCGCUUCUUUGUUUCUCAGGCUUGAAUGGCUGGGAGGAAAACUGGGAGGGGCCUUCUUGCUCUUCCAGAAUACAAUCCGUUCUGGCAAUGAUCUACUGAGAGAUAAAAAGAAGGAACACUCAGCCUGCUUCCGUUUCAUUGUCUGAAGAUCAGAAAAGAAAUUUGGGAAUCCAAGUCUGCUAAGUCUAAUCUUGGCCUGAGGCAAAAUGACCACAACAGGGGAAGGGGGUCUCCAGUCUCCUGUUCAGCUAGAGCAAGGGGUGCAGACAGAUAUUAAAAUGGAGGAAGAGAGCCCAGCAGGCUACCAGUGGACUGACGACUCAAGAAAAGCCCCUCAUAUCCUCCAGAGUGGAAAUAUCAGGGAAUUCCUGCAAAGGAGACAAGCAGACAAGAUGAAACAGGAGCCCAGUGAGGGGCAGCUUCAGAGAUGGGAAGUCCAGUGGCUGGAGUUCCUGAAGACAGUGGAGACCUCUCCGUCAAGCUGGAAGAAUCCACAACUGCUGGAUGAAAGUGUCUUUUCGGGUAAGGCUCAGACUGUUCCGUCUUCGCUUCAAGGACAGCCUGUCACCAGCCGCCAAAACGCAGGAGAACAGGUGGCCCAGGUCUUACCCCCUCCUCAUGAAGCUUGUAACAGGCUUGAAUGUGGAGGCUAUGGGCAAGUGAAGGAAGAAACGGAGAGCCGGGAGGCCCUCAGCCCAGAAUUACAACGCCAGCGCUUCAGGCAGUUCCUCUACCUGGAGGCUGAGGGGCCCCAUGAAGUUUGCAGCCAACUCCGGGAAUUUUGCUGUCGGUGGCUGCAGCCCGAGAGACACACCAAGGAGCAGAUCUUGGAGCUCAUAAUCCUGGAGCAGUUCCUGGCGGUCCUGCCCCCAGAGAUGUUGAACUGGGUUAAGAAACGUGGCCCAGAGACCUGCUUCCAGGCAGCUGCCCUGGCGGAGGAGUUCCUGCUGAAAAAGCAAGCAUCUGAAGGGCCAGAAGAGCAAGGUCUGGAGCCAAGGGAAGGGGCAGCCUUGAAUACCUCUAAAGCCAUGCCAGCUUCCUUGGACCACUUGCAGAUGCCAGUUUAUAAGGCAGCAGAACAGGAGAGUGAUGCUGAAGGUGGAAAUAUCCUGGGCAAAUGGCUCCUGAGUAUGAACGAGGAAGAGAAAUACGCUCUGGAAGGCUUCAACCACGCGGCUGCCAGUAACAUAACUCAGGGAAGAGAAAAAGAAUUGUCGUUCCAGAGUCAUAGAGGGGAAUCCAGGUGUCCCCAUAGGCCAGAGCAGAAGGGAAAUUGCCCAGGAGCAGGAACAUGGAAGUUAUUUCCUUCUCAACCUGAACCCCUCUUUAAAACCAUCAUACAGUACAAAAUUCACCCUUGCCAGAACCUGAAAAAGGACGGUGGGAGAGGCUUCCAGCAGACAUCAACCCUUGUGAAAUGCGAGCACACCGAAGCAAACCGUAAGCCUUAUAGUUGCUCGGAGUGUGGGAAAGCUUUCUUCAUGUUCUCAGCUCUGAGGACUCAUCAGAGAACCCACAUAGACCACAAGGGAAGCCACGCAAGAGGAGCAGGCCAUACAACAGCCCCAUACAGUAGGCCCAUACAAUAGCUACAGAUGGUGAGAGAGAAGUCAGCGGCAGCUCUAUUAAACUUCUUCGUCAAAUGUGGUGGUAGGAGCAACCAAUGUAGUGUUCGGAUUUCUGGUUGAUUCAAAACCAGGAGGAACUGCAAACAUUUUGGAACAUCAGAUUCAACUUUCAAGUGAUCUGAACUACUUUCCAUGCUAGCCAAGACAGCAAUGAGAAUAAAACUGAGCCUCAUUAAAAUAUAAGCAAAGAGCCAACGUGGGACAAAAGAGAAAAGGGCGGCGGUAGUGGAAGUUUUGUUUUGAGGUCUGGGAUUUGGGAGGUGGGGUAGGAAAGAGGGACCAGCUGUUGGCAUGGAAAGUGCAAAGCUUUAGAGAGAUGUGUCUGUUCCCCAUUCCCUCUAGAAAGAUAUACUUACAGAGAACCCCAAUCUGUAGGGAUGUGCAAUGCACACAGAGCUGUACACAAGGAUGUCUGGGCAAUCUAUCAGACAGAUUGUUAGGGUGCCAGAAACAGAGUGCGGUAUUGAAUUUAAAUUCCCAGUCUUUAUGAGACUGGAAUGCCCAGCCCUCAAAACCUCCCUCUUUGGGAUUCCUUAAGCUCUUGGGGGGAAAUCCCCCUUUCCCUCCCCUUUAAACUGGCUGCCGUCAACAUCCCAUGUCUUCUGGAGGAUGCUCAGAUCUCUGCCAUUUCUGAGGGGUUUUCCUUUUAAAUUUACAAAGACAUGCUUUUCAGCCUUAAGAGUCCUUGAAUUAAAUUAG